AUGAAAGUUCUACAAUAUCUAUCACUCUUGCUCCUUCCUCUUACCGUCCUAGCCGCACCAUUACUCGAGGGCAACAAUGAGACUAGAAAAGUAAAAGCAGCAGCUUCAACCGCAUGCGCACCAAUGAUGGUAAUAUUUGCUCGCGGAACUACCGAAACUGGAACUCUCGGUACUGUAGCAGGACCUCCAUUAGUCGCUGCUCUUGGCAUAGCCGUGGGCGCCAAUAAUAUGGCUGUCCAAGGUGUACCCUAUCCCGCCAACAUCCCCGGAUUUCUCGCAGGAGGUGAUGCCGCCGGAAGCAAAACGAUGGCUCAAAUGAUUUCCACAGCCGUGACAAAUUGCCCCAACUCAAAAAUUGUCAUGUCAGGUUACUCCCAAGGAGGCCAACUCGUACACAACGCUGCCAAAAUGCUUCCCGCAGCCACCAUGGCUCAAGUCAGCUCCGUUGUCAUUUUCGGAGAUCCAGACAAUGGAGCCGCAGUCGCUGGCGCUUCUGCCGCAAAUACCAAAGUUAUUUGUCAUACCGGUGAUAAUAUUUGUGCGCACGGAGAUCUGAUUUUGGCGCCGCAUUUAACGUAUGGGAUGGAUGCUGGUGCUGCUGCGGCUUUUGCUAAGACGGCUGCUGGUAUGUAG